UAUAUGGUGUUUCAUGACCUGGAUCAGCAUCGACCGGACGACGUGUUCCGUCACCUCGCGCUUCUUUAUUACAUUGAAGCACAAUGGUACAAGACGGAUGAUCUGAACGAGCUCAUUAGCAGUGGAGCUGUGACCGCGGAGACAUCCGCAGAAGUGGCUUCCUUCCUUGACGAUCCUGUUAAGGUCUUCAAGGACGUGCUACGCCAAAAGAACUUGUUGACGGAGAGGGUGGCCCGCGAGUUGGAGACUGCCACAGAGUUCUGGGGACUGGAGCGAUCGCUGUGCACGGCACUGGCCGAAGGCAAGGCAGUUCGUUUGGAGGACGUGCUGAGAGCUGUUCACAUCAAAUCCUUUGACUACCGCGUGAUGUUUCUGCUGUUCUAUGGCCUUCGCGGUGCACCGGUCAACGAUCUGCACAUGGAAUUCAUUUCUACACUGGAAAUCAUCGGGGAAAUGUGCGAUGAUCUUAGGGACUACGAAACUGAUGUACGGAGGAACACGUUCAAUGUGUUCCGAGCCUUUGUGAACAUCUACGGCCCUAGUCAGGCACCAACUGAGAUGGCCAACUUCCUGGAUGAGAUUGAGAGGAGAUAUGAGUCACUCCUUUCCCAGUUGGAACCUGAGUUGGCAGAGCACUUUGCCAGGUUAAACAAGUACAGUACAGCGUCCCGGGGCACUGACAACCCCUUGGUCAAAUGGAAUAUCCCUCCUGUCAUAGCAGAUGAGGCAGCAUAUCGUGCUAGCAUGUCUGCUAACGUGAAUCAUAAAAUGAAGGAGGAGAAGGACAGGGUCAACCUGGUAUACAUAUGAGCAAGAGCAGUGAUGCGGAAUGUCCACACAAUCCGGGGACGUGAGUUGGACAAGCGAUCCAGACACGUCUGCAACUGGGGAGGCUGCCGCUAGCUGGGGCUUCGCUUAUCACCAACCUAACGGUGGCCGCCGGCUAUCAAACCUACAUAGUCGGGAGGCAUCGCUAUAUACAUUUGGAGAUGGACUCGAGUCACUGGAGUGUGGCAAGUUGUGCCGUACAACAUUAUCGCAUAGGCCGAAAAGCCAAGCCAAAGCGGGAUUGUGAAGUGAUAGAAUGACAAAAUU